AGACACCCGGAAGUUACCCGUUGUUUUGCAAUUAUGUUUUCAAUGAAAAUAUAUGCUAGUUGAGGUUGAUAUCUUCUAUUGAAUGAUUUGAUAAUAUAUUAGCUAGUGUUGAGCGUGCUGCAUGUUGACUGAAGAAAGGACAUGACGGUUUGAUUGGUCACGUACUCAUUUUGAGUGGGACAUGUUUUCAAAGAGGACAUAGGUGGGCUAUGUCUGUCCUCAGCUAUGACGCAUCUGUGGAAUUGUGAGCAAGCAGUUCGAAGGGGCAAUGAUUGGAAGCCAAUUAUCAAUAUCUGUCAGCAAUUGAAGCUGUAAUGUGGAUAACUUCCAAACAAUAAUAGCUAUGUUUAGUCACUAUUGUGAAAACUUGUGGACAAUGUUUUAUCUAUCAUUUUAGACUUUUUCAAAUCUACUUUUUAAAUGACGUGUUAGCGAUAUUAUCAUCAUAGUUAUGGCUGCAUUGAGUGCCAGAAGCUUCCUCUUAAACCUAAGGUACACCGUCCAUAGAGUUGGAAGUUCUGUAAGAGUCCGACUCAUACCUAGCACUAGAACAUGUCUUGUCAAAAGAGGCCAGAUUUUAACCCAGAUGCCAAAGGUCACCCUGCUGUGCUGGGGAGCAGUGAAUGCCACAUCCUGUAUGGCAAGAUGCCAAGAGGCCUCUCUGGCACCCCAGACUACAGACAGGAAGUCUGUAGCCAAAGUCCAGGUGCACAAGCUGGUGUUCUUCUUGCGCCUCAGCCUGCGCGCCCUGGUGUUACUCCUGAAGUUCGGCCCGCUCCUGUUGCUCUAUCCUCUGACUGUCAUCUCCUCUUACUGGGCCUCUCGCUGGCUGGCUGCCCUGCUGUGGGUCACUGAGACCUCUGGUCCUACCUUCAUUAAGCUGGGCCAGUGGGCCAGCACACGCAGGGACAUCUUCUCCCAGGACUUCUGUGAAUGUUUUUCCAGGCUGCACGUGCGUGUGCGUCCCCACUGCUGGGCCCACACCAAGCAGUGUCUGCGCCGAGCAUUCGGGGAGGGCUGGAGGAGGCUGUUUGUGUUUGAGGACAGGGAGCCUGUGGGGUCAGGAUGCGUGGCUCAGGUGUACCGGGGAUGGGCCAGGGUGGACAGCGUGGAGGACACAGCCUUCCAGGCCCUGGUGGAGGAGAUGGAGAGAGAGGAUAUGCUGGAGGCCUGGGAGAUCCUGGGACUAAAGGGUGUCCUGGGGACUUUUAGGGGGCUGUGGAAGGGGAAAGAGGAUGAGGAGGACGAGGGCCAUCAUGAAACCAGGGAGAGGAGCUACACAGAUGCCCCUAAUGGGGACGGUACAGAGAAAGAGCAUCUGAUUCCUGUAGCUAUUAAGGUGCUUCAUCCAGGAAUCAGGAGACAGGUAGAGAUUGACAUGCUACUGAUGAGGGCAGGCAGCUGGCUCAUCAACUGUCUGCCUGGAUUCAAAUGGCUGAGCCUGCCUGAGAUAGUGGAGGAGUUUGAGGUGCUCAUGACCAAACAGAUUGACCUGCGGUUUGAAGCCAAUAACAUCGAAAAAUUCCGGGAGAAUUUCAAGGAUGUUGAUUUUGUCAAGUUCCCAACUCCUCUUCGACCAUUUGUCACCAGGUCAAUUUUAGUGGAAACCUUUGAGGAGAGUGAGCCCAUCUCCAACUACCUGAGACCGGAGGUCCCUCUAAAGGUGAAACAGAGAAUUGCCAGGAUGGGAGUGGAGACACUUCUCAAGAUGGUGUUUGUGGAUAACUUUGUGCAUGCGGACCUGCACCCGGGUAACAUCCUGGUCCAAUGUAGCAGGGGGGGAGGGAACAACGACCCCCAGGAAAGGGUCACCCUGACGGACCUGUGUGACACAGUGGUGGUGAGCAUGAGGCCGGCCCCGGCCCCUCUGCAGCUGGUACUUCUGGACGCUGGCAUCGUGGCACAGCUCAACGACAGAGACCGUAGGAACUUCAGAGCCGUGUUCACCGCCGUGGUGCUACGACAGGGGGAACAGGUGGCAGAGCUGAUCCUGAACCAUGCCAGGACCAAUGAGUGCCAGGACGUGCCACGGUUCAAGAAGGAGAUGGCAGAGCUGGUGGACCAUGCCCUCAGCAACACUCUCUCACUGGGGAAGGUCCAAGUAACUGAUUUGCUAUCCAGAGUCUUUGGAUUGCUCAUCACCCACAAGGUGAAGUUGGAGAGUAACUUUGCGUCCAUUGUGUUUGCCAUCAUGGUGCUGGAGGGGCUGGGGAGGUCUCUGGACCCGAACCUGGACAUACUGGAGCUGGCCAAGCCUCUGCUGCUCAAGAACGCUGCCUCCCUCCUCUGACCCCUCUCACCCGCAUACCACCACAUCUGAGCAACACAGAAAUAGGCAGUGUUUGAGAGCAUCACCAACUGAGCAGGCUGACAUACAGUUGGGCAAAAAAAGUAUUUAGUCAGCCACCAAUUGUGCAAGUUCUCCCACUUAAAAAGAUGAGGCCUGUAAUUUUCAUCAUAGGUACACUUCAACUAUGACAGACAAAAUUAGAUUUUUUUUCUCAAGAAAAUCACAUUGUAGGAUUUUUUAUGAAUUUAUUUGCAAACUAAGUAUUUGGUCAAUAACAAAAGUUUAUUUCAAUACUUUGUUAUAUACCCUUUGUUGGCAAUGACAGCGGUCAAACGUAAGUCUUCACAAGAUUUUCACACACUGUUGCUGGUAUUUUGGCCCAUUCCCCCAUGCAGAUCUCCUCUAGAGCAGUGAUGUUUUGGGGCUGUUUUUUGCCCCAAUGUAUCUACAAAUCAUGUGUAUGAUGUAAGGUGAUUUGUUGGUCAGUCAGCAGAAUUGAUGCUCUCAAACACAGCCAUGGAUAUCUCAUAUUUAGGGCCCAGAGUUUCUUGGUCACAUGGUCUGUAAAAAAUCUUGGGCCUCUGCAUGUUACAUUAGUGACUGACUGAAUAUACCUUGUAGUGUGUACUUUUUACCUGUGAAAUGUGAAUAAUUGCUUGAUUUAAAGUAUCCAAAAAUGGUAAAUGGUUCCUUACCUUACAUGCUAGUCAGAUUAACUGUCAUCAUUUAUACUUAAAUGCCCAUGUGAUUUCUGUGUUAAAAAAAUAAGAAAAAAAGAGAAUGUUGUGCUUACACUAUUUGUCAGCACUACAGACUAUUUUUCCAUUGAAUAAAAUAGAAGUGAGUUAACAUAUCUGAAUUAGUGACAAUCCUUAGUAUAUCAUUUUAUACCAUUCUAGCAAUCUCAGGGUAUUGUUAGGACAAGGUAAUGCGUUUAGAAUCAUGUCUGAUGGCUAGGCAAAAUCUUCCUUUUAGUGUGUAUUAGAAUAUACCACGGUGUGUCAAGUCAACUGACCUCCCCAUUCUGUAUGAUAACACUACAUUGCCAUUUUUAAGUAUUUUUACACUCGCUAGUGAAAUAUAUUUUAUAUGGUUAGAUCAUUAAAUAAUGCAUCAAAAA